AUGCAGGAUGGAUAUUUGCUCGAAAUUAAGGCAGUAGGCAAAAACUACAUGAUGGUUGGUUACAUAAUGAAGCCUUCUCGUGAAGAAGAUUUUUCUAAGAGAGGUGCAUUCCCCCUUUAUCCUACUCAGAACGGGCUGAUAUUUAUGCCACUUUCACUUGAGCUACCCAUAUCAUCUCAGCUAAAACAAGUUGACAUAGUUCUCCAUAAAGCAACUGAUGAGAUUCUCUCCGUUGAAAUUAGCAAUUCUUCAGAAUUGCCAAACAAAAUUACUUAUUCCAGGGGCAUGCAGGAGUUGCAAAGGUAUGUCGAGCACCAGCCGGAUUGCUGUGUAAUCGAUCCAUUUAAUAAGGUUUAUCCUGUGUUGGAUCGAUUAAUAAUCCAACAAAUUCUACUUAGCUUGGAAAAGUUCAACAUAGAAAGUCGUUGUAAAAUCAGGGGCCCCCAUUUUCUCAAGGUCUUUUCUCCAGAAUGUUAUCUAAUUUAUGCUUGCAUUGAUUUCAACAAAUUGAUGGAAACAACACUAAAUCUACUUAUGAAUAUUAUGUUUGAUAAUCUUAUCUAG